AUGGAUGACUUGGCCAUACCUUGUCCCGAAUUUUCCGAUGCAACUGUAGUGUCAACUACUGAUUUCGAUAUAAACGAAACCUUAUUCAGCCCUAAUUACAGUGCAGUGCUUUCAAGUAACAGCCCAGAAAACCCAAGUUCAUCAGCUGGAAGUGAUUUGAAGCCGAAAACUAGCACCGUGACUCCAAAACGGCGAAGGUCCAGAGCUUCGAAGCUAACUCCGACGACAUUUCUGAAUGCCCACAUAACAAAUUUUCGAGCCCUGGUGCAGAAGCACACCGGUAGUAGCCACGCUGAGAAAGGGCCAAUCACUUUGUGUUUUGGAUCCUCAUCAUCAGAACAUACUGAUCAUCGGCAGAUCAACGGUCAAAUUCCCACAAGAAACAAUUCAUCGGAGGACGUCUCUGGUCGGAGCUAUCAAGCACAAGAUCAGCAAUACUUCUACGAUAACCAGCAUCAACAGUUCCAAGGCCAAGACUCAUUUUCAUUAUUUAACAAUUAA